AUGAAGGAUGUAGCUGCAUGGGAUCAUGCACAGCAAUUACCGGCUGCACCUGUCUUCUCUACAAACAAGCAAGUCUUAUUCACUUUACUAUAUUAUUAUAGCGGUACAUCUGUCCUCCACGAUAUAUUUAUGGAUCAGAAUUCCAUUAAAAAUGUCGACAACAGUUUGCCAAUUCUGGAGUGUUCUGCUGAAUGUUCUUGCUCGCUCUUUCCACAUAAGUGUAAAAACAGAUGCGUGCAGUUGGGCCCUUCACUUCCUCUCAAGGUUUUUGAUGCUGGUGAAAAAGGUUAUGAUCACACUGAAGUAACGCAUAUUGAUCCAUCUCUGCGUGGGAAUCAGUCACGAUUUAUAAAUCACGGCUGUAAUCCUAACUUGAUAAUGAUCCUUGUGAGAUACGGUACUCCGCAGAUACACGUUGGACUAUUUGCGCUUCGUGAUAUACCUGCUUAUGAAGAGCUGACCUACGAUUAUGGUGCCAAUACCUCGGAAUUUUGUCUGAAGAAAUGUUUGUGUGGCAGUACGAGUUGCCGGUUGUUUCUUCCUGCUUCUGUUUCAUAG